AGAAGUACAAGUUUUUGUUAGACAAGGAAAAUCCGAAGGUUGGCGGGAAGUUGACAAUGGACUAGAGGAUAGACUAAAUAAUAGUUUAAAUGCUUUUGACAUUUUAAUGAAAAAUGCAAGUAAACCUUUACUUCCCAGCGGCUUACAUGAUAUGAUUGGUAAAGAAUUUAUAACUCAUCUUACAAAUGCUAUUUGGUAUAUCGAUCCACAUCUUUUGACAUUAGAUGCAUACUAUCUUGUUACAGUUAACUCUAAUAUGAAUAAUCUUCAUAAUAGUAAUGAAAGUGCCUGUAAUUCUGAAAAUAGUACUAUAAUGUAUUGGAUUGAUGAUUGUAAAAAAUAA